CGUGUUGUUAACAGGGUUUAGCUAGUCCAAUGUAGUGUAUGAUGAGGCCCGGUUAAGUAACGACAGAAUUUGGGGAACUUUGAAGAGCCAUAGGGAUUAUCGUUGAUCAAGCAUCCUUAAGACUUUCUGACCCGCGGGCAGAUUUUUUAUUUUUAUUUUUAUUUAUUUUUUUAGAUCUCACCCACAAGUCACAUCUGAUGGGCCAGCAGUUAACAGUUGUUAGCAGUUGUUAACGUUCUUAGUGUCUGUACGUGGAACCUCAGCCAGCAAUGGCCACUCAUUUCCGUAGCUACAUCUGGGACCCGGUCCUCAUCGUGUGCCAGAUCGUGCUGAUGCAGUGCAUCUACUACAGCUUUUUGGGUCUGUGGUUGGCUGGAGUGGACAGCCUUGUGCAGAGUAGUCGGUCAUUGGACCAGAUCUUCAACUAUCAAGCUCUCGGUUUUGCAACCGUGCAAGGCAGGCUCUCAAUGAUGGCAUUCAUCUUGAAUUCUCUUACCUGCGCCCUCGGUCUGUGGUUCUUCAUCCGCCGAGGGAAACAGUGCCUGGACUUCACGGUCACCGUGCACUUCUUCCACAUGAUCGGCUGCUGGAUAUAUAACGCUCAUCUUCCAGCUGCCUUGUCCUGGUGGCUCGUCAACAUAGCCUGCAUGGCGUUGAUGGCUGUAAUUGGAGAGUACCUGUGCAUGCGGACUGAGCUCAGGGCAAUUCCAGUCAACACUGGACCGAAAUCUAAUCUGUGAAUUUUCUUUGGUGACAGGCUGAAAGAUUGUGAAGGGGUAAUCCUUGAGGGACUCACUGAGGAGGGUUUUUUUCCACCCUCCACUCUUGGAAAAGAAAAAGAACAUGAACCUCUGUCAGCACGCAUGUCGGAUUUUCGUGCUUUGUCUGUUUCCAUCAAGUGGUUCACCCACCCGGACCUGAUCUAUUUAUUCAUAGCUGCACAUUAAAUAUUGGACAGUGCAAAUUUGUAGCAUAUUAAGACACCUGUUUUAAGUCUUUUGAAAGCACAUGCCAGUUUACAUCCUCCUCUAAACUAAAUGACUACAAAUGUUGUUUUGUUUGUUUUUUUAAGUAAGUUUUUAUGUUGAAAUUCAUUAUUUUCAUUCCUUAAUUUUAAGAAUUUUUUUCUGAUUGUUGUUAAAUUUAGCAGACAUACACAUACGCAAAUUAAAAAGCUCUGUCCUAACAGCACUUUAAAGAUGCCAGUGUGCAAAUUUCACAUCAAAGUUUUAGUUACUGCUUCUUAAAGCUGCUUUUAAACGUUAAAUAUAGGGAGAAAUGUGUUUUUAGACAACAAAAAGGUACAGUGCUUAGCAGAUUUAUUAGACCAUCUGUCACAAAGACAAAUAUUUUAGAAAUCUGUCAAAAAACUUCACCUACAAAAACAAAUGUUUCAAAUCUGUAAUGGAUGUAAAAAAAA